UGAUACACGCUCAGACCAAAACAAAAUCGAUGAAUGGGUAUCCGCUUUUUCUAUCUCCAUUAAUUUUCUCGUCUUACCUUAGGCCGAAACAUUACUGUCAUUAGCUUAGAAACACCUUUCGUGACUGGCCGGGAGAAUGCCUCGCAAACGCAAGGGAGAGGAGGCAGGUGAUUCACAGCCAGCCAAGCGAGUGAAAACCAGUGAUCCUCCCGCCGAGGACGAGUCCACUGAGUUAGCUGCUGCCACCGCCUCUGGCAGCGACAAAAUGGCCUGCACUCGGCUUGCAGCUAAUGGCAAAUCGCAUGCGUUGAAAGUGGUAUCCUGGAACAUCAAUGGAAUACGCGCAUGGGCAAAGAAAAAUCCUCAGGCUUAUCUGAAGAAGGAGAACCCGGAUGUACUGUGCCUGCAGGAGACGAAGUGCUCGGAGGCUGACUUACCCGACCUUGGGCUAAGUGGCUACCACCAAUAUUGGAGCUCAGCAGAGCAGAAGGGUUAUGCUGGAACUGGGCUUCUGAGCAAGACAAAGCCGUUGAAUGUUACCUAUGGCAUCGGCGAGGAAAAGCAUGACAAGGAGGGUCGAGUCAUCACGGCGGAGUAUGAGGACCUGUACGUUGUGACUUCCUAUGUACCGAAUGCAGGAAGAGGGCUUGUGCGCCUGGACUACCGCGUGAAGGAGUGGGACCCGGCGUUCCGUGCGUACCUGAAUCUGCACAGCAAGAAGCCGGUGGUGAUGUGCGGUGACCUGAAUGUCAGCCACCUCGACAUUGACUUGGCCAAUCCGAAAGGGAACAAGAAGAAUGCCGGCUUCACGCCCGAGGAGCGAGAUGGCUUCAGCACUCUGAUUAGUGAGGACUUCUUCGACACCUAUCGUCACCUGUACCCGGAUACGACCGCUGCCUACACUUUCUGGUCGGCCAUGGGCAAUGCACGUGCCAAAAAUGUUGGCUGGAGACUGGAUUACUUUGUGCUGUCCGAAGCCCUAAAGGAGCGCCUAUGCGACUCAGUUAUUCGCCCUGCCGUGCUUGGCAGUGACCACUGUCCUGUAACGCUCUUCCUCUCAGAAAAGUCAUGAUUAUCAUGAUUUCCUCAGCCGCAAACGUAUCCCCUGCUUUGGAACAACCGGCCUUAGCAUGCCUCCAAUGUAUGUGUACAAUUUGUACAAUGUACUAGGUGCACCAUCAACUGUGUGAUAUAAUGUACUAGGUGCACCAUCAACUGUGUGAUAUCGGAUAGCAGGGUGUAGCCUGACCGUGGUGCAUCUGCUGAUGGAGAACAUGGUGCCACGUCGCAGUGGUUAAAGUCCACGUACGUACGUCAAAUGAUUGCAAUUCGUUGCUGUUCUCAGCCUAGCCAAGUGAUGAAUAUUUUUUAGUUUUUGUAAAGUGCAGGAAAGCGUGUUGCAGAUGUUCGGAUGGCGAAAAACAUCCAAAAGCAAGUUAGUUCCAGUCAACUGUUACUUUGACGCCAGUGGUGUAUUGCAACGUGUACAUUAAGGUUGCAAAUUGUCAUUGCCAAUCCACAUUCAGUGAUCUUGCUGCGCUUGUUCUGCUCAUCGGGUGGUAUGAUAAAUUUAUAAUACCAUCAGUUAGUUACCGUCAUAAUUAUGUAGUUCCACUGUUUAUUUUUUAUUUUAUAAAAUGUUUUUUUGUGAAAGUUUGUUGCUUGCAGCAUUCUAGGUGGCACUUCUAUUAUUGGUCUACAGUGCAUUUCAAAACUAUAGACGCGUAGGGUUUUUUAAAUAUUUCAAAUCUGGCUGGAACUUUUUGAGAAUAGUUUUCGGAAUAUUGCUCAGGAUCGCUCCACACUCUCAUAUAGUUUCUAAAGGAUUGGAUAACAGACGCCCAAUUUGGAAAAAUUUAUGCACAAAGUGAUCACAGAUUUUAUGUGGUAUAGAUGCUGGCAUAACGGUUUCUGCCUAGGUACGCGUCUAGUUUUGAAAUGGACUGUAGCACUGACCAUUAUGUACUUUAUUAUUAUUCAUGUGUACAUCCGUCCGUGAGUCAUGUUUUUACUGAA